CAUUUAACUGACGUCACAAGGUAGACAACGAGACGCUCACGCCACCAGCUCCACAUCAGUUCACAGCUGGCCUCCACGCAGUCCAGACCUCUCCUGCUCCAGUUAAUUUUUCACCUUUCACCGACUUUUUCCACGUAGCCUGACCGAUGUCGGACCAGAACGAGGCUCACGGAACGCCAAGGCGUUCGUCAUCGUCGUCCUCUGAGAAGAAGAGACGUGAGAAAGACUCUGUGCCUUUACCGGCCAGUAAAAGGAGGGCCACCCAGGACACGGGAGUGAAGGACGGCCCGAGUCAACCACGGCCCGAGUGUGGUUCACCACCAGCUGUGGCCGGCCCAAGUCGCGCCAACACAACAACCGAGUGCUCGUCUGGCGGUGAAACUAUCAACCGGCUAUCUGCAUUGUUGAGUGAUUUAAUUGAAAAACUCGACAAUAACCCAGUACGGGAAGAUGAGCCUUACGAUAACUGUGAAAAUAUUCGUGGCCUUCAUGACAUUUCCUCGUCUGAGGAAGACGCCACAGUAAAUUCAGUGGGUUUGCUUGACCCUUUGGAUGAACUGGACACGUUCCACUCCAUGCCUGCGUCCCAAGACUGUGAUGAGGUUGAUUUUCUUAAGGCAUUAGGGGAAUUCUCAGGUCUUUUCCAUAGUGAGGAACAGAAAGGAGAGCCCCUCUCUGAGCGUUUGGCCUCCAUCCUGAACUUGAGUUUGAGACGUCGACCCUCCGCUGAAGGUAUAAAAUCUACUUGUGAAAAAAUCAAGCUCCCAAGCAAUGUGCCAAACCUAAAAGUUCCGGUGACCAACGCUGCUGUUUCCAAAGCGAUGAGUUUUGGUGGAAAAUUGAUUGACGCCAAGCCUACUCAAACUAAUGGCCUGAUCUCAAAAGCUUUAGUUCCUAUUGCACUGUGCAUAAGCGAUAUCGGGGAAAAGAAAGGAAAAAAUAUAAAUUCAUACUUAGAUGGACUAAACACGAGUCUUAGACUGCUUUCCUCUGUUAUUAAUUACAUUAAUCAACUACGGAAAGAAGUUGCACGGCUCCAUGUUCACGACUCUGCCUUGGCCGAGCUUUGCAAGUGGGAGUAUGAGGUUGGACAAGAUGCUCUUUUUCCGUUUGAUGUGACUAAGAAAUGCGAGGAAAUACAUAAAACAAAAACUGGGAAGGCCUACAUACCGUCCUUACAAGUCUUCUGGGAGGAGGUAUGCUUCAAACAAGCAAACUAGGCGGCCCUAUCAGGUUUCCUCGCAUUCUCGGGUACAUAACCAGCCAAGGCCUUUUUUAGGCCAGAAGCAUCCCCAGGGGAGAGGGAUGCAUUUACCAAAACUCCACCAAUAAGCCACCCCAGGGUGAGUACUGUUUUACCCCCAAUGAUUAAUACUCCAGAUAAUUUUAAGGGAGGUAAAAUUUUUUAUGCCAGUUCAGUAUGGGGAUCACUCACAAAGGACAUUUUUAUUCACAAUGUGGUACAUGGUAAAUUUCUGGAUUUUGCCAGUCUACCCAGCCAGAAUAAUCCACCUAGCCCUUUGAAAUUGUCAA